UUUCAUACGAAACAAAAAAACAUUAACCUAAACCACUGACGCUUCCCAUGUUGCCGACCGUAGUCCUUAAGUAACCCAUUUUCCAUUUUUGUCCCUCUCUUCCUCUUCAAAAACACACACGUGAACAAGGUGCCUCAAAGCUCCCAAUCAUGGCGUCUCUGCCUUCAACAACCACCACCUCCUUCUUCCUCCUCCUCCUCCUCCUCCUCAACACCGCAGCCGUCGUUAGAUCGCAAUCAUAUAUCGGAGUAAACUAUGGCGUCACCGCCGACAACCUUCCACCGCCGUCAGCCACCGCGAAGCUACUUCAAUCAACUUCAAUCGGGAAAGUAAGGAUGUACGGAGUCGACGCAGGUAUAAUCAAAGCUUUAGCGAACACCGGCAUCGGCAUCACAAUCGGUACUUCCAACAGUGAUAUUCCGGCGUUAGCAGCCGACUUGAACUUUGCAAAAGGAUGGAUUAGUUCUAAUGUAUCACCAUACUAUCCGGCGAGUAAGAUCAUCAUCAUCAACGUCGGCAACGAGGUGUUGUACUACCCCGACGAGAAUCUGAAGACACAACUGUUGCCGGCGAUGCAAAAUCUCCAAAACGCCCUUGAAGCGGCUUCAUUGGGUGGGAAGAUAAAGGUGUCAACGGUGCACCCGAUGUCGGUGUUGGGACAAUCGGAGCCGCCGUCUGCCGGAAGAUUUGAUCCAAAAUAUGAGGCUUUGUUGAAGGGAUUUUUGGAGUUUAACAAAGCAACUGCUUCGCCAUUCAUGAUCAAUCCUUAUCCUUACUUUGCUUACCAGAGUGAUCCACGGCCUGAUACUCUGGCGUUUUGCCUGUUUGAGCCGAACGCCGGCCGACCGGAUUCCGGCACGAAUGUGAAGUAUAUGAAUAUGUUUGAUGCUCAGGUGGAUGCAGUGAGAUCGGCAUUGAAUGCCAUGGCCUUUCCAGAUGUUGAGAUUGUGGUCGCUGAGACAGGUUGGCCAUAUAAAGGCGGCGAUACUGAGCAUGGUGCGACCAUUGAGAAUGCGAAGGCUUACAAUGGCAACUUGGUUGCUCAUCUUAGAUCCAUGGUUGGAACUCCAUUGAUGCCUGGGAAAUCCAUUGAUACAUAUCUAUUUGCAUUAUAUGAUGAGGAUUUAAAACCUGGUGCGGGUUCAGAACGAUUUUUUGGGAUCUACAAAACAGAUUUAACGUCAAUAUAUGAUAUCGGACUCUCCAAAACUGGUCAGGGUCCUCUAGCUACUGCACCGGCCCCCGCCCUAAGCCCGCCCGCAGAUGCUCCCACUACUGGUGGUGCAACCACACUUCCGACCAAUUCCUCGACCACAACCACGCCAACCACGACACCUCCUAAUUCCACCAUCCCUCAGUAUUCUCCUACUGCACGGGUCAAUGCAUCAAAAAAUACAGGUAGCUUGAACACAAUCGCCAUUAGUUUUAUUGUUGUUGUUUUUCUAGCUGUGACUUCGAUGUUGUAGAUUGGUCUUUUAAGGUUUUUAUGAUUUAUGGUUGUUCGGGUGUUUAAUUGUUUUUGUGUUGUAUGAUAGAGAUCUACAAAUGUAAAAGAUUAUGGUAUGAUUUUUGUUGGUACAUCAUGGUUUCCUUCGAAUA